AUGAAAUUUGAGAUGCUCAGAGACAUGCUUGUUGGCUUUGCCAUUAAUGGAAUUAAUGGAAUUAAUCUCAUUUCUGCCACUAAUGCCAUAAAAGGAAUAAAGGCCAUAAAUGGAAUAAAGGCCAUAAAUGGCACAUAUUGA